GUGAGGAUACCAGCUAAUGCUUUGCCUUCCUGGUGCUGCUGGGUGACGUCUUGCUAAAGCUCAAUGACAUCUCACUGAGGACACGAUGACGUUUCAGCUCCCCUCCCUAGCUGGGCAACCGUGAACUGGAAGUCCUUCUUGAUGUCCAGGGCCUGUUUUGCAUGAGUAGGACCCACAGAACUUCCCUGGGUCAUGGUACUCUGAAUCUGCCCUCUCGGACCCCACAUCUGGAACACAACCCCAAGUGAUCCUUGCCUUCUGCCUAUCCACUCCGCCCCUCCCUUCCAGAUGCUCAUGAUCUUCCAAACUCAGAACCUGGCGUUUUGGAGAAGACUCUGUUUCCUGAAUCAUAGUCAACAUGCUUGCAUAUAGAAGGGUUCACUAGCCAAAAAAAGGAGAAAAGGGGUGGUGGAAUGGAAUAUCCCCUUUUGUGACUCCCAGGAAUCUAGAAUAUUGAUGGCCAAAUAUUCUAUACUCCCAGAACACAAAAAAACUGAAGAGAGUUCACGAAAUCACAACUCCGUUCUCUUUUGCUUGAAGAUGUCCCAUCCCCAAGGAGACCUCCCCCCAGCCGUCAUUAUUGACAAUGGAUCUGGAUUGUGCAAAGCUGGGAUUUCUGGAGAGGAAGCACCAAGGACAGUGGUUGCCACCAUGGUGGGCUAUCCCAAGUCUCAAGCCAUCAUGUUCGGGCCAGUUCAGCGGCAGUAUUAUGUGGGCAAAGAAGCCCAAGACAAGAGAGGCAUCUUGUCUUUUCGAUAUCCCGUGGAACAUGGAAUCGUCACCUCCUGGGAUGACAUGGAGAAGAUCUGGAGAUACAUCUAUAGGCAUGAACUGAGGAUAAAAGCCCGGGAGAGGCCAGUAUUGUUGACAGAGGCACCGCUGAACCCAGAACCAAACCGAGAAAAAAUGACAGAGAUCAUGUUUGAGAACUUCCACGUCCCAGCCAUGUUUGUAGGCCUGCAGGCUUUGCUGGCCCUCUACGCCUCAGCCCGCACCACUGGAUUAGUCCUAGAUAGCGGAGACGGGGUCACUCUGACAGUCCCCAUCUUCAAAGGGCAUUGUUUGCUCCACGGCAUCUCCCGGAUGAAUUUUGCAGGCCGGGACAUCACCAGGUAUCUCGCCACCCUCCUGUUAGAGAGCGGGCACACCUUUCUGAGCUCCGCUGAGAGGGAGAUUGUGAAGGACAUCAAGGAGAACUUGUGCUAUGUGGUUCUGGACCCCCACCGGGAGAAAGGCAAAGGCAAAGGCUCCAACCAGACGUAUACUCUCCCAGACGGAAACCCUGUCCAAAUUGGUGACCAGCUCUACAGAGCUCCGGAGUCCCUUUUUAAGCCAGCUGCUGCAGGCACCUCAGCACCUGGAAUCCACCAGAUGGUCUUGGACAGCAUCUCCAGAUGCGAUGUAGGGAUCCAGAAGCACAUCUGGAGCAACAUCAUCUUGGCAGGUGGAUCCACCCUUUUCUCCAGCCUAGACAGAAGACUGCUCAAGGAACUCCAAGCUUUUGUGCCCAACGGUGUACAAGCCAAAGUCUUGGCACCAAAAGACAGGAUGCAUUCCGUCUGGAUCGGUGCCUCUGUCCUCACCAGCCUGGCUUCAUUUCGGGAGAUGUGGGUCACCCGGAAGGAGUACAGAGAGGUGGGUCCGACUGUCCUGCGGAAGAAAUGCUUCUGAGAAGAAGGAACAGCCCGCCAGAACAGGGCGAGGGGAGGAGAGAGAAAAAAAAGUCAACCUGAACAGCUGGGGAAUGCCUAGUAAAGCUCUUCACAAAGGA